AUGACAACAAAAAUGGCGGAUGAGUAUCCCGAGAGAUUACUCGGACGAGAUGGGGAAGGGUGAUUAUUUUACCUUGCCUUUUUGAUAUUUCGAAGUUUUUUGAGGUUUUUGAGUGAUGGCUUUUCGAAAAGAGAUUGUUGAAUUCCAGUUUCUUCCAAAAUCACAAAGCACCCUAAAGUUCAACGUUUUCGGAGCAUUAAGGAACUUAUUGGAAGAGCUUCAAUAUCAAAGUCGAGCAUUCUUACUUAUUUUCUUGCAGAAUGUUGGCUGACCCAGAACAAGUCUGGAGUUACUUGAAUGGAAAGGUAUGUUGAAAGAAGUUCGAAAAUUUAAUCUUUUCCUUGUAACAUACUUAUUUAAUAGUGAAUGGAAUUAUAUUAAGCUUAAUAUCUCGUUAAGUUUUCAUCUGUUUUCAACUGUUUAUAUUUAACUUCCCUUUGUCUUUAAUUUUAUGUAACCGCGGAUCACUUUGUUUAUUUUCUGUAUUUUAACUAUCUCAAUUGGUUUCCCUUUUUCCCGUUAAAAGUUCCUUGCUUGAUGUCUACUAAUUUUAACAGCUGUUUUAAUGAGUAUUUCUUUUAAAAGGACUUUAAAGCAACCAAUAUCUUGACUUCCUUGUAGCCUUUUAGGUAAUUGUUAACUUAUUGUAAGGACUUAAACAGAAGUGGCUUGAUGGCUUGCUCAGACUCGUCAUGAGUGUUUAAAUAAUCCCGGGAAGAUAAAUAUUUAACUUCAAUUGUUAGAUAACAAGAAAGGUAUAUAGGUACCAUAAAUCCUCUGUAAGCCCCCCUCAAACGCACUUGAAAUAAACACCACCCUCCCCAGGGGUAUAAUAAGGGAUUUACGGUCUGAGUUAUAAAGAACAAGCAAUGGUACAUAUUUUAGUGGCCCUCAUCGAGACCGCCUUCGGUGACUCAUCAGUCAAGGCUAGCAUCUUGAAGAAAGGGAAAGGUUAUAUCUAGGCUGGUGCCUUCAUGGGUCAGUGGCCAGCUCUUCACUUAGGAAUGGCAUACUGCUGACCCACUUGAAUGAGAAUGCUCGUUUUAUUUCACUUAUUCCUGGGAAAUUAUAACUAUUCUGUAGUUAUCAUGCCAAAUCUUUUUUUUAUAUCCUUAUAAGGAACCAAUAAUCAGAAAUAAAGGUGAGGCAGUAAUCAGGAGAAGAAGUAGGGAUAUGGGUGGAGUUAGGGUAAAGGAAUGACCUGGAUGGUUGUGAAGUUAUUAUUCACUCACUGUUAAGUGUUAAGAGAUCACUGGAAGUACAAAAUGGCUGGUUACUCUAUUUCAAACUGCUUAAAAUCAUUUUUAUAUUUGACCAGGAUGUAGCCAAAGUAAAUGGAAUGUUAAGGAUGUUCUAGUAGGAAAUUGAAUAAUAAAAUAAAAGCAGAUUGUAGGUGAAUAUGAAAUAGAUGUCUCUGCACUGUCUCAUAAAACAUGUAUAUCAAGACAAUCAGUUUCUGUUGCAUGAAUCUCUAAGAAAUUAUUUCCCCUGUGCAGUACAUUACCUGCCUGAGUAAGAUACCAGUACAUAUGUCCCUUAAUAAUAUCUUCUGUGUUUUUCUUUCUAGGAAUCUUCAUCCCCUAACAUUACUCCAGCAGUAACUGAAAACCUUUUCAGAAUAUUAGAAAUGCAAGAGGACAUAAAUAAUCCAACAGAGUUGAUAGAUGAUAAAAAUAUUGCCUUAGAUAGCAAAUGUCUUGAACGUGUUGUGGCUUGUCUGGUGAAAAUCAUUCAUCUUAUUCAUCAUGAAGACAUAAGAAACCAACAUCAGGUAUGUGAGCUGCUAGCCUGUGAGCAGAGUCUCCUAGGAGACUCUGCUUGCAGGGUAGUGAGUGGCUUACAGACAUCCACCUCUAUUCUCCCUUUCCAUGAACUAUUUUUUAUUGGUGAAAUACCUAUUAAAACUAGUUCCCGGUAAAAAGCACUGCUAUAAUAGCUCAUUUAAAAGUUACAGGUGGAAACUAGGCUGGAGUUGACCUUGUUUUGAUACCCGGGGGGGGGGCACUUGGGUAUUUUUUGGGUGGGUAUGUGCCGCCCGGGACUCCAAAUUGGCACUCCGUUCUAAAAACAAAUUCCCCUAAAAUUGAUACCCUGUUCUAGAAAUGGGCCAAUUUUUUAUACCCCGUUCUAGAAUUUGCCCUAAAACUGAUACCCCGUUCUAGAAAUGGGCCAAUUUUUUAGACUCCGUUCUAGAAAGUUUGUAAAUUGAAAUAGCCCUGUUUUUUUAAGAAGAUAUUUCUUUAUUUGUUCGACUUAUACAUCAAAUAAAUGCUUCUUCAUAAUCAGCAACAAUUUUCAGCUCAAGAUAAAGCCGUGAUCCACAAUUUUUUAUACCCCGUUCUAGAAAACGCCUCUGAAAUGGAUACCCUGUUCUAAAUCAGGAGCUUCAAAAUCACGACCCCGUUGGGCAGCACAUACCCGUAUAGGUAAUGUAUGGGAGUACCUCCCCCCCCCGGGUUUUGAUACAACCCUUCCUGCUUUACCAUGUAAAUAACGCUGUUCUUAGGCCAACUAGUAUUUUUUAAGCAAAGAAUUUACAUUAGAAAAGAGAGGGGGCUUGUAUCAAAACAAUGUCAACCUCAGCCUCAAGUUCACUCAAAGGUAACGGACACUAAGCCCACAACUGUAAAAUGGUCUAUUGUAGUUUGGUUAUUUGGAAGUUAAUAGGGCUUAAACACUCCACUGUGGUACUACCUUGGUUUGAUUUUGAAUUUAGGCACAGUGAUGGUUCAACAAACAUAAUUUUCCAAAAAGUGGGGUCCAAUACUAAACAUGGAAUGAUCAGGUCCAACUCAGGAAGUGUCUUGGAAAAAUAGUCAAACCAAGCAGUGGUUGGUCUGGUUUACUGAAAGUUGCCCUUUCCCUUUUCAUUUCUAAAACAGAAUGUCGAGAAAUUUUAGUUGAGUGAAUCAUGCCAGUUUAACUGAUUUGUUUGGUGUCAAUAUUUUUUUCCUCAAUCCUUAGUGUCUGUUGGAUACACCUUCAUUGUUAAAGACAUUUCUUGAAAUUCUUAGUCAGAGGUAUGAGAUACAUGACUGUUUAAAAUUAUUCACUGAGCUGCUGACAGAUCACCCAGUUGUUAUAAUCAUCGAGGCCUGCAGCUUUCUCCUGUCUUAUACUCAGUUGAAUUUUUUGACAUUAUCAUCAUAUGUUAUUCUGAUCUUAGUUUGUUUAUUAAUUUUGUUGUCUUGGUUAAGGGACAAAUGCCAUGAAUCUCCAGUACAUUUUGCCAAGACUCUGUGUAUGCUUGGUAAGAUAUUAUUUACACUACUUUUUUAAGACUAAUUAUGGUAUAAUGUUAUGGUAAUAAUAAAUUAUUGUAAAAAAAGGUAAUAGACCAUGUACUAGUACAAUAAUAAACUCUGGUGAGGCCAUAUAUAUAUAUCUGAUAUUUUCUUUCCUCAUCAUUGUUUUUUUCCCUGCUGCUUACAGAUGCUAUUCCAAGGAUCCUGGAGUGUAACAACUAUGCAGAACUGCAGGUAUGCAUGUACUUCUUUUCAUAAGAUCCUGUUUCUCUUAAGAUGUAUGCAAAAUUGUUUCCGCCUACUAUAAUACUGCUACUAAUUCCACUGUGAUUUUGUGUGUGUUUUUAAUAUUGUUUACCCUAGGCUGUAUUUGUUGGAGUAGGAUGCUUUGAGCAUAUCAUGUCUGUAUUAGACUAUGAGGUCAGUCAGUGAGCGUUAUGUUAAAAUAUUAAGUUGUAAUAAAUACUGGGAUAAUUUUUUUCUAACAUUACAACUUGGUAAACAAGUAUACUAUUGUAUCCAUGCAACAGUGGUACUCUGCGUGAGUUAUAAUGAGCGUUUAUGAUGGAGUGAACUGUGUUUGUGUUCUGCUAAAAUUAAUGGUCUGGGCCAGGCUGUUCAAAGCAGCUGGGUUAAGAUAACCCAGGGUAAGUGCAAGGUUUGAAUUCAGAUAUAAAAGGAUAAAAGGCAAAUGCCUUGUCUACGAUUUGAUGGUCGAAUGUUCUAAAGAAUAGAGAAAAUUAUCCAAGAUAAACAAAACAAAAGGAAACCAGGAUAGAUUUUAACCCUGGGUUUGUGAAAUUCAGCCUUCUAACAACUGGGCCCUGGUGUGACCCAAAGAUUAAUCAUGUUAGUUCUUUAAAAAUAUUUUUCCUGCAAUUGUGAAAGUAACUAACUAUAAUAGGUACUCUGUCUGCAUUACAAAGGCAGAGGUUGUCCUCUAAGUACAGAAAAUAAGUUCAAGUGUGUCCUUACAUGUCAGAGAGACUUGUCAGCAUUUACUGUGUUCUUCUGCACCUUUUUUUCAAACAGUGUCAGAGUGCUGAUGAUCAAAGCAGGCUUUAUCAGAGCUGUAUGCUGGCCAUACAGAGAAUCACGCAUUCAUCACCUGCUGCCCAGGUAGUUGUUAAAAUUUGUCUAGUAGUGAAUGAUAUCCCUGGUUUGUAAUUAAUAGCAGAGCUGUCAAUCCAGUGAACCAAGGAAGUAAAAACAUUUAUAACCAGCAUCACCCAAGUUACAUGUAUUCCUUGAAAAGUACAAUUUUUAUUUGUAUUUGUACAUUUAUUAUGUUUUCUUAAUUGUUAAGUUUUUGAGUCCAAGGAAUGAAGUGAAUAAUUUCUCUUUCCAGGAAGUUUUUAAGGUUAGCGUGAGCUUUGAAAAACUGUGCCAUUAUCUGAAAAGACUUGAAUCCCCAACAGAAGAAUUUUUUCAACUGCUUUUUAACUGGGUAAGUAACCAUCCCCACCCAUGAUUCAAUUUUGUUGUUGUUGUAAAUUUAAUUUUUUCUUUUUUCCACUUUUGUUAUCAUACGUUAAUCCCCAAAACAAAGGAGUAGGUAGCUGCCAAAGUUUGCCAGCUGCUUGGUCUUAUAUAGCACCCUGAUGAUGCUUGUCAAGCCUCCACACUCUUAUCAGCUCCUCUCUGUCAUUUUGUUGGCUGAAAGAUGCCUAACUGUUGACAGUUUGUUACCAGACCGUUGGUCAUUAGUAAGCCACAAUCUUAAAGUCCUUAUAUGGCUGCUUGACAAGUUCUUUGCUGAAUUGCCUGUCACUUUGUUCCAACUUUACACUCUAGGUAGUGGAAGGAGUGUACACUGAAGGAAGUAAAGUGAUAAACAAUGUGGAUGUUGUUUUAUUACUUUUGAGUUGGUUACCAUCUUUAUCAGUGGAAAGGAAAAGGUAACUUACAAUAAAUAAACAAAUUAAGGUCAACUCUAAGAUGUGCACUAUCAGAGCUAGCACCAGUUAAAUGUCCAUUAGAGAGAGAGGUCUGCCUCAUAAAGAGUUUUAAAAAAACAAGACCUAAAGAAUGGCAGCAACCAACCCUUUGUGUCUUGUUAUGAAGGUGUCUGUCUUGCAGAGGUGUUUGCCAGAGACCAUUUCUAGGAGUCUGUUUUGUAUGGAGGUGUCCAUUUAGAGACAGCUGACAGCACAGUCCUUAAUAUGGACACCAAACGGACAGAGUGAGUAUUCACUCUGCAGCUCUAAGUUUUGGUACCAAAGAGCCAGGAAUUGUAGAAAGCUUAUAAUUUUUGUAGGUCCAAGGAAACUGUUUUCCUUAUAGCGGUAGAAAAGGGUUGACUGAAUUAGUUUUUGUUGCUUCAUUGAAUGCUCAGGUAAGUGGUACGACCUUGACUUAAUCAAAUGGGGGUGGGGGUAUGGGUAAGAUUGUAGUUAACGUCCUGCAAUCCCAGUUGUUGUUUUAUUACUUCCUGUCAAAUAUGGUGAAUGUUUGAACAUUUGACAGCUUCAAUGCAUUCCACUGCUCAUUUGUGAGUUCUAUCAUUACAUCCAGUUGGACAGAUUGUUUUAAUUUCCAGAUCUACAUGUAGGGGUCAUUUUUAGGGGCAUAUGUGUCACUAAUGGCUUACUCACUUUUUUGUGCUAGAUAUGUGACAGAGAUUAUUAGACGCUUGUGCAGGUUUUCUACACAUAAUGCCAUGUUAUGUAGUACAAAUGGGGUGUUUAGCGAAGUGGUUACUAUACUGGAGGGAGAUACACAGAAUAUUGACAACCUUUGGGCAGGUAUAUGACUGUAAAUCACAAUGUUAUAAAUAAAAAGAGGUAAAGAUGCUUUGCAGUGUAUGUUUUAGUACCUUGUUUGCACCAAGUUAUUAUACAUAUUGACUUCAUAGGCUCAUAGUAAAUGCCUUAACACCUUUGGUACUGAUUUUGGUACCAACAAUUAGAUUUGCUAAUCACUGCAUUUCCUUAUGCAUUUAUUCUCCUUGUAGAAUCCCUGAUUGGUAUCCUGGAAGCUAUUGGCUCUCACUCUGUAACGUCAUCUGAACUGAAAAAGAUGAUCAGCCUUUUCUCACCCCUUGAGAAUGGCCAGCAGGUUAAUAAAUACACUGUUAGCCUAAACUGCAGGGAAGUAGAAGCUUGCGUUUUUUGUUAUCAGAUGGUCUUGAUUUCCUCCCCAUGAACAUCAACUCUGGGCAUCUUUUGUUCCCAGAGAAAAUUAAAACAACUACUGACAGAACAUCUGCAAAAGCUGAUUUUGAUCAUAUUAUCCAAAAUAUCAUGAGUUUUACCCGAAUUCUGAAUAGAAACGGGAGGAAAUUUACACAUGUCCCUUCAAGACAAUCAUUUCCGAAUAUAACAAGAGAAUUUUAAUAUAAGAUUCUUAUUAGAGGCUUUACUCUUUUCAGGUCAACUGUACAUGUCCUGUGAAGCUAACAAAGUUUGCUUUUUUUGCAGGUUGCUUUUGCUUACAGGUUACUUCAAGCACUUGUAAAGAUUUCUUUUAGCAGCAGCCGCUUGAGAUCAAAACAUUUCUUUGAUCUUAACCACCCUUUAGCUGUGAGUAUAAAACAAAAAUAAAAAUUUACUCUUGCUUAAGUUGUCAUAUACAUGGCUAUCAAAUGGAAAUUAGGACAAACAGGAACAUUUCAAAAACAUUCUUGUGUAAGACACUUACAGGGCAUACAAAUCUCCCAUAUGUGAUGUUUUUUGGUGAAUUUUGAUGAGCAAGCUAAUAAUUAAGACCUUUCCGGCAGGCACAACUAUUUUUUGAAAAUUAUUCAGUUAAUGUUGCUAAUAGUUUUAAAGAUGCAGUUUUCUUAAGAUAUUCUGGAAAGAUGCCUUUGAAUAAUGAUAAUUGUGUUUUGUUUAGUCAAGAAACUUUCCUCCCUAUUGGCUCUUUCCUAUGGUAUAGCUAGGGGCCCCUUACAUGCAUAUAAAUGGUAAACGCAAUGGUUGACUAGAGUUUCCUUAGGACAUGUUCUUAGUUGCUAUGUGCCAAUAUAGGAGAUCAAAGAAACUCGCUUACUUUAAGUCAAUGUUUACAGCUUAUGCACUAACAUUUUGUAACUGUGUUUUAGGGCAUCUCAGUUCCAGGCUUGCAGAAAUGGCCUGGUAACAGUUUUACAUUCCAUGCGUGGGUGUGCCUGGGGCCUUUGGAUAUGAAGGAAAUGAAAGGAAAGAGAAAAGCAAGCUCUGAAAGAAAGAUUUUUCACUAUAGAAGAAACUUGUAUAGGUUGGUUCACAAAUUCAUUACACAACUAACUUUGAAAAACAAAGAGAAUUAAAACAAAGAACUUCUUGGGAAAUUAACAUUCCUUUUGGGCAUGGAAUGUAUAGAAAUCGUUUGAAAAGAGAACCAAGCUUUCAACUCCUUCAGUAGAUUAUAGGAAGUAACAGUAAAGAUCUAUCAAACCUAUGAUAUCAGUCUUACAGCCAUUUUAUAAUUUUAUUAUUGUAAUGCUUGAGUUUUAUACAAAUAAUUAACUAACCUUUUCCUCAGCUUUUUUACUAGCUCUGGAGCUGGUGUGGAGGCAUUUUUCUCUACCACUGGUCAUCUAAUCGUGGCUGUCUGCAAUAAAAAAGAAUACACAACUGUAACUGUGCCUGUAUGCCAGCUUUGUGAUCGCAAAUGGGUAUGUUCAAUACUAAGCAUGUCUGUCAAUUUCAAAUAUACAGUGGUACUCUGCGUGAGUUAUAAUGAGCGUUUAUGAUGGAGUGAACUGUGUUUGUGUUCUGCUAAAAUUAAUGGUCUGGGCCAGGCUGUUCAAAGCAGCUGGGUUAAGAUAACCCAGGGUAAGUGCAAAGUUUGAAUUCAGAUAUAAAAGGAUAAAAGGCAAAUGUCUUGUCUACGAUUUGAUGGUCGAAUGCUCUAAAGAAUAGAGAAAAUUAUCCAAGAUGAACAAAACAAAAGGAAACCAGGAUAGAUUUUAACCCUGGGUUUGUGAAAUUCAGCCUUCUAACAACUAGGCCCUGGUGUGACCCAAAGAUUAAUCAUAUUAGUUCUUUAAAAAUAUUUUUCCUGCAAUUGUGAAAGUAACUAACUAUAAUAGGUACUCUGUCUGCAUUACAAAGGCAGAGGUUGUCCUCUAAGUACAGAAAAUAAGUUCAAGUGUGUCUGUACAUGUCAGAGAGACUUGUCAGCAUUUACUGUGUUCUUCUGCACCUUUUUUUUCAAACAGUGUCAGAGUGCUGAUGAUCAAAGUAGGCUUUAUCAGAGCUGUAUGCUGGCCAUACAGAGAAUCACACAUUCAUCACCUGCUGCCCAGGUAGUUGUUAAAAUUUGUCUAGUAGUGAAUGAUGUCCCUGGUUUGUAAUUAAUAGCAGAGCUGUCAAUCCACUGAACCAAGGAAGAAAAAACAUUUAUAACCAGCAUCACCCAAGUUACAUGUAUUCCUUGAAAAGUACAAUUGUUAUUUGUAUUUGUACAUUUAUUAUGUUUUCUUAAUUGUUAAGUUUUUGAGUCCAAGGAAUGAAGUGAAUAAUUUCUCUUUCCAGGAGGUUUUUAAGGUUAGCGUGAGCUUUGAAAAACUGUGCCAUUAUCUGAAAAGACUUGAAUCCCCAAAAGAAGAAUUUUUUCAACUGCUUUUUAACUGGGUAAGUAACCAUCCCCACCCAUGAUUCAAUUUUGUUGUUGUUGUAAAUUUAAUUUUUUCUUUUUUCCACUUUUGUUAUCAUACGUUAAUCUCCAAAACAAAGGAGUAGGUAGCUGCCAAAGUUUGCCAGCUGCUUGGUCUUAUAUAGCACCCUGAUGAUGCUUGUCAAGCCUCCACCUUCUUAUCAGCUCCUCUCUGUCAUUUUGUUGGCUGAAAGAUGCCUAACUGUUGACAGUUUGUUAACAGACCGUUGGUCAUUAGUAAGCCACAAUCUUAAAGUCCUUAUAUAGCUGCUUGACAAGUUCUUUGCUGAAUUGCCUGUCACUUUGUUCCAACUUUACACUCUAGGUAGUGGAAGGAGUGUACACUGAAGGAAGUAAAGUGAUAAACAAUGUGGAUGUUGUUUUAUUACUUUUGAGUUGGUUACCAUCUUUAUCAGUGGAAAGGAAAAGGUAACUUACAAUAAAUAAACAAAUUAAGGUCAACUCUAAGAUGUGCACUAUCAGAGCUAGCACCAGUUAAAUGUCCAUUAGAGAGAGAGGUCUGCCUCAUAAAGAGUUUUAAAAAAACAAGACCUAAAGAAUGGCAGCAACCAACCCUUUGUGUCUUGUUAUGAAGGUGUCUGUCUUGCAGAGGUGUUUGCCAGAGACCAUUUCUAGGAGUCUGUUUUGUAUGGAGGUGUCCAUUUAGAGACAGCUGACAGCACAGUCCUUAAUAUGGACACCAAACGGACAGAGUGAGUAUUCACUCUGCAGCUCUAAGUUUUGGUACCAAAGAGCCAGGAAUUGUAGAAAGCUUAUAAUUUUUGUAGGUCCAAGGAAACUGUUUUCCUUAUAGCGGUAGAAAAGGGUUGACUGAAUUAGUUUUUGUUGCUUCAUUGAAUGCUCAGGUAAGUGGUACGACCUUGACUUAAUCAAAUGGGGGUGGGGGUAUGGGUAAGAUUGUAGUUAACGUCCUGCAAUCCCAGUUGUUGUUUUAUUACUUCCUGUCAAAUAUGGUGAAUGUUUGAACAUUUGACAGCUUCAAUGCAUUCCACUGCUCAUUUGUGAGUUCUAUCAUUACAUCCAGUUGGACAGAUUGUUUUAAUUUCCAGAUCUACAUGUAGGGGUCAUUUUUAGGGGCAUAUGUGUCACUAAUGGCUUACUCACUUUUUUGUGCUAGAUAUGUGACAGAGAUUAUUAGACGCUUGUGCAGGUUUUCUACACAUAAUGCCAUGUUAUGUAGUACAAAUGGGGUGUUUAGCGAAGUGGUUACUAUACUGGAGGGAGAUACACAGAAUAUUGACAACCUCUGGGCAGGUAUGUUAUAAAUAAAAAGAAAAGUAAAGAUGCUUUGCAGUGUAUGUUUUAGUACCUUGUUUGCACCAAGUUAUUAUACAUAAUGACUUCAUAGGCUCAUAGUAAAUGCCUUAACACCUUUGGUACUGAUUUUGGUGCCGACAAUUAGAUUUGCUAAUCGCUGCAUUUCGUUAUGCAUUUAUUCUCCUUGUAGAAUCCCUGAUUGGUAUCCUGGAAGCUAUUGGCUCUCACUCUGUAACGUCAUCUGAACUGAAAAAGAUGAUCAGCCUUUUCUCACCCCUUGAGAAUGGCCAGCAGGUUAAUAAAUACACUGUUAGCCUAAACUGCACUAAGUAGAAACUUGCGUUUUUUGUUAUCAGAUGGUCUUGAUUUCCUCCCCAUGAAUAUCAACUCUGGGCAUCUUUUGUUCCCAGAGAAAAUUAAAACAACUACUGAAAGAACAUCUGCAAAAGCUGAUUUUGAUAAUAUUAUCCAAAAUAUCAUGAGUUUUACCCGAAUUCUGAAUAGAAAUGAGAGGAAAUUUACACAUGUCCUUAUUAGAGGGUUUACUCUUUUCAGGUUCACUGUACAUGUCAUAUGAAGCUAAUAAAGUUUGCUUUUUUUGCAGGUUGCUUUUGCUUACAGGUUACUUCAAGCACUUGUAAAGAUUUCUUUUAGCAGCAGCCGCUUGAGAUCAAAACAUUUCUUUGAUCUUAACCACCCUUCUGCUGUGAGUAUAAAACAAAAACAAAAAUUUACUCUUGCUUAAGUUGUCAUAUACAUGGCUAUCAAAUGGAAAUUAGGACAAACAGGAACAUUUCAAAAACAUUCUUGUGUGAUAAGACACUUACAGUGCAUACAAAUCUGCCCUAUAUGAUGUUUUUUGGUGAAUUUUGAUGAGCAAGUUAAUAAUUAAGACCUUUCCGGCAGGCACAACUAUUUUUUGAAAAUUAUUCAGUUAAUGUUGCUAAUAGUUUUGAAGACGCAGUUUUCUUAAGAUAUUCUGGAAAGAUGCCUUUGAAUAAUGAUAAUUGUGUUUUGUUUAGUCAAGAAAUUUUGCUCCCUAUUGGCUCUUUCCUAUGGUAUGGCUAGGGGCCCCUUACAUGUAUAUAAAUGGUAAACCCAAUGGUUGACUAGAGUUUCCUUAGGACAUGUUCUUUGUUGCUAUGUGUAAUAUAGGAGAUCAAAGAAACUGGGUUACUUUAAGUCAAUGUUUACAGCUUAUGCACUAACAUUUUGUAACUGUGUUUUAGGGCAUAUCAGUUCCAGGCUUGCAGAAAUGGCCUGGUAACAGUUUUACAUUCCAUGCAUGGGUGUGCCUGGGGCCUUUGGAUAUGAAGGAGAUGAAAGGAAAGAGAAAAGCAAGCUCUGAAAGAAAGAUUUUUCACUAUAGAAGAAACUUGUAUAGGUUGGUUCACAAAUUCAGUACACAACUAACUUUGAAAAACAAAGAGAAUUAAAACAAAGAACUCCUCGGGAAAUUGACAUUCCUUUUGGGCAUGGAAUGUUUAGAAAUCGUUUGAAAAGAGAACCAAGCUUUCAACUCCUUCAGUAGAUUAUAGGAAGUAACAGUAAAGAUCUAUCAAACCUAUGAUAUCAGUCUUACAGCCAUUUCAUAAUUUUAUUAUUGUAAUGCUUGAGUUUUAUACAAAUAAUUUUUUUCCUCAGCUUUUUUACUAGCUCUGGAGCAGGUGUGGAGGCAUUUUUUUCUACCACUGGUCAUCUAAUCGUGGCUGUCUGCAAUAAAAAAGAAUACACAACUGUAACUGUGCCUGUAUGCCAGCUUUGUGAUCGCAAAUGGGUAUGUUCAAUACUAAGCAUGUCUGUCAAUUUCAAAUAUGUAUGGUUAUGACACUGUUUAGCUCUUGGCAUAAGGCACUCCAGGUGACAUAUAACAUACCUUUGUUAGGAUAAAUACGUUGCUACAUGUUACUGCAUCAGCCUUUGUUCAGCGUGUUUGUUGCCAUACACUUGAAAUGACAGAUAUCAGCUGAGACAUCAUCGCUUCUCUAAUGAACCAAAGUACUGCAAAAUAAACGUAUUAACAUCCCAUCCCAAGGAGGAGUGGCAUUAAUAUCCCUAGUAUUUUCACAUUUACGUUUCCUUAUAUAAUUAUAUGUACCUUAAAGUUUACAAGCUAUUUUUCAUGUAAUAUUGCACAGAACCUUCCAUGAUUGUCAGUAGUUCUUGACUUUUUUUUUUUUUUUUCAGCAUUCUGUGGCAAUUGCCCAUAUGUCUUCUCGUCGUCCUUUUAGCCCAAGCACGGUUUCUGUUUAUAUAGAUGGUGUACUGAAGAUUAAUUGUCCCUUAAAGUUUCCAUCUCUCAAUGAGGUAUAUUAGAGUUCUUUAGUUGUCAAUGACUCAUGACAAGACAAGUACAAAAGCUAGAAUACAGAAUACCUUGGCAAGCUUUACAUACCUGCCAACUUUUUCUGAAAUAUAAGCGUGAGAUUUUUAUCCUGGGAGUGCUGGGAUUUUUGAAGACGACACGAUCAUUUCCGAAGAUUCUCGAAGAAGUACGAAGUCUUCCGAAGACGUCUGAAGUCUUCCGAAGUCUGCCGAAGGCGAAGUUAUCGAGAAAACGCUUACGGUAUCCACUUACACAUGGUUUUCGUUCCUUACAUGGGUCUGAGUUAACAUAUUUUUGGAAAUUGUGUCUAGCAAGACGGAAACAACUCACAUUUUUCAAUCAGGCGUGAGAAAUUGGCUCGCAAGCGUGAGCCAGCGUGAGAUCGAAGUUUUCAACCGGCAGGCGUGAGACUCAAGCCUAAGGCGUGAGAGUUGGCUGGUAUAGCUUUAUACUGCCCUGUUGGUACAUCAUGUACUAUCCAGCAAAUGUCCACUUUACAGGCUCUAGAGAUAGGACCACCUUGAACACCACAAUACACAAUCAACAGUUGUUCAGGAAAAGUGCUGCUCAAUAGUUUUCCUUCGAAUGAUCACACUUUGGAACAGUCACUUUACAUGAUUGACCACUAACUGACUAAGCAGGGAGGUUUGUUUGUAUUUGAUGUCAGUUUUCACUGUACAUGUUUUAGGACCUUGCUGUAUGUCAGAUUGGAUUUGGAGUCCCUCAGACUAUCUGCUCACCCAAGGAACUGGAUGUUAAAGCUACUCCACAGUUCAAGUUUCCGUUCUCUUUCUCUGGCUCCGCAUCAGACAGCAACGCAUUACCGCACUGCUCCACCAUCUCAGCAGGUUCACAGGAUUAUGUUUGGGGUGUUCCAACCUCAUUACAGGGUCAGCUGGGUCCUGUGUGUCUCUUCAGUGAAGGACUUCAAGAAAACUCCAUCACUGCAUUGCAUGCGGCAGGUAAUGAUAACGUAAAGCAUCACAUUUCGUUUAUCAAAGUAAGCAAAGGAAUAUUUACUUUUGCCCACCAAAUACUACUUAUUAACUGAGGAAAAGGUAUGUACGUAUGGUACUAAGAGAUCACCAAGCUUAAGCAUUAUGCAACUUUGUGGUUCAGCAGCCAAGAUGGUGAUGGCAUUUCCGUGAUAUGGAUUGGAGUUGAUUAGACUAGACUAGAUUGGGUUUUGGGAACAAAGUCAUAAUUCACAUUAUACAGAGGCAGACCUAAAGCUAAUUGAACCUGGUUGCCAACAAGGAUUUACAGAAGACCCAUAACGACCACAACCUGAUCUGUUUUUCUCAACGUUUAGCUGCGUAAUAUUUAAAUUAGUUCUUAAACACACUUACGUGGCCAUCACUUUUCUUUUUUCCUGUAACUCGUUUUUAUUGGUUUCUUUCAGGUCCAAACGACAUCAACCUGUUUCAACCGGUUGAUGCUGCUACCUCUANGUAAGCAAGGAAUAUUUACUUUUGCCCACCAAAUACUACUUAUUAGCUGAGGAAAAGGUAUGUACGUAUGGUACUAAGAGAUCACCAAGCUUAAGCAUUAUGCAACUUUGUAGUUCAGCAGCCAAGAUGGUGAUGGCAUUUCCGUGAUAUGGAUUGGACUUGAUUAGACUAGACUAGAUUGGGUUUUGGGAACAAAGUCAUAAUUCACAUUAUACAGAUGCAGACCUAAAGCUAAUUGAACCUGGUUGCCAACAAGGAUUUACAGAAGACCCAUAAUGACUACAAUCUGAUCUGUUUUUCUCAACGUUUAGCUGCGUGAUAUUUAAAUUAGUUCUUAAACACACUUACGUGGCCAUCACUUUUCUUUUUUCCUGUAACUCGUUUUUAUUGGUUUCUUUCAGGUCCAAACGACAUCAACCUGUUUCAACCGGUUGAUGCUGCUACCUCUACGCAGCAAGCUUUAUUUGACUUAUCUUUAAAACUUGUUCUUUUUUACAAUUCCAAGGUUAGUGCAGGUUCUCUUAGUUGGCACAAUAAUUUAAGCCAUCACACUCCUUACUCCGUUCUUUCCUUUGCGUACUUUCGCUGCAAACCCUUUUAUGCGUCCUUUUGCCCUACAUGCACCAUAAGAAAUGUUGUAGUCAUCCUUGAGUUUGUACAUCCCCCGAAUUUUUGAUGGCAAGCUUUCAGGUGGAGUUUUUAUCAACCAAAACCAGAUAAACCCGUCUGACCAACUUAAACAGUGGACACGUGCGUUCCAGAAAGGCGUAUUGUUGUUUUAUUUUAUUGCGAUUUUUAAGAUGGAUCAUGAAGUUACCUGUUCUAGCAUUACCUCUUCAUUACUACGGUAUUCGAGAACCCACCCGUAUCAGAAAUAACUUAGUUUGCCCUUUUUGCUUCCAGGCGGGCCGUGAACAUAUGUGUUGUGACUUAACACCAGUUCAGCCGGGACGAGAACAGUUGAAUGGCAGGUAUUUGUCAAUAUUGAUGCAAUAUUACGUGAAUGAAUUGAUCCACGCUUGAUUCAUCCUAUGUGUGACCAGAGGUGCUACCUGCAACUAUCGUAUUACGUAGAGUGAUAGUGUUAGCCCUUUUGCGAGGAGAUUUGUUUUGUGUUUCUGUAAGAUUUGUGUGCUUAUGCCAAACGUUAAACAAUGUACCGUUAAACUGUAACGACCUCAGUUAAAUGUAAGGCAACGCAUCUUUCAGGAUAUCUUUCUGACUUUUCUACUUUUAAUAGGUUAACUGGCCAUAGAUGCACUACUUGGGACAUGAAGGUAAUGAAAUGAUUUGAGUUUGAGGGAUUGAACAUAUGACUUUAUUGUGCCCCUUACGGUCAUUGUCAUAUAGGAACGCCUGACAUGGGACAUAGUAAUUCCCUGUUUACUACUCAAACUUAACUCUUUGUUGUUGCUGUCGCCAUCAUCGUCAUCUUCUCAUCAUUAUCAUCAUCAUUCAUCGUCAUCAUCAUCAUCACUGAUAUUUUCAAUUUUCUUUGUNGGUAAUGAAAUGAUUUGAGUUUGAGGGAUUGAACGUAUGACUUUAUUGUGCCCCUUACGGUCAUUGUCAUAUAGGAACGCCUGACAUGGGAUAUAGUAAUUCCCUGUUUACUACUCAAACUUAACUCUUUGUUGUUGCUGUCGCCAUCAUCGUCAUCUUCUCAUCAUUAUCAUCAUCAUUCAUCGUCAUCAUCAUCAUCACUGAUAUUUUCAAUUUUCUUUGUCAUUUUCAGGAUGUUCUUCGUUGUAUUGGAGGCAUGAAGAUAUUUUUACCUUUAUUAGAGCAGAUCUCGUACUUUCAGCCAUCAACGCGUUGCCAUGGCAACAGUGAACAACUGAAACUAUUUGAUCUUGAAAAGUCAAGAGACGAAAAAGUGGCAGGAAUUUUGGAAAGGUAUUUGUCUGAUUUACUGGAUCUUAAGAGGUUGGGUGCUUAGAAAAAUACAAGUCACGUUAUUGUUAUGUUCUUGGGUUGUCAGUCUAACUCAUGUAUAUCAUUGAUGUCACAGGUCUCCCAGCUGCACAUCUGAUGAAGAUCAAAGUGAAAGUAGUCUGCCCAGUGUUGAAGAAAGCAACAGUGCAUGCGCAGAGGAAAAAGAGGAGGAGGAGUGGGUUUUUAUAAGGGAUAACUUCGACCUUCGCGUUUACAAAAAAGACUUAUACAGACUCUGCAAGUCACAAAACUGUAACGGAGUUGCGUUAUUCUUAUUUUUGCUUCUAAGUAUUCUAACAGGUCACGAUAUCAAAGAUGAGGAAUUCGCAGAGACACUUUCUUAUGUGGGUAGCAUAUUAAGAAAUAUGGACAUUCAGUUCAUAAACGUUCAAGUUUUGAGGUCGCUACAAGCGUUGGUGGAAUGCGUGAAUAACGAAACUAUUCUGCAGAGUAUUUAUGAAAAUCUCCUGUUUGAUUUUCGUAUCUGGAGCUCAAGUGAUUUUAAUGUUAGAAUAGGACAUAUUCAGUUUAUAUCAACACAAGUCAAAGAUAAUCCCGUUAGAUUUCGUUCAGAGUAUGGUGUUAGAUUUUUUCUUGACAUUAUAAGCCAAUACUAUGGUGAGGAUGCGUCCAUAAGUAAUUCCGCUGGUCGAAAACAUGACAACCAAGUACAGUUGCCUCAAGAGGAGAUCAAGAUCAUCAGAGCAUCUCUUUUAGGUUGGUAUAAACAUCAUUAAAAAACAUUGGUAAGCGUUUAAACCAUAAACUAUACGACAGGUUUACUUAGCUCUAGAAUAGAAAACUUCCAUAUUCUCUUUGUUAUGGUGUAGAUUGACACCGCGGUAUAUAAAAUGUUUGGUUUGGUUCUCAUCCCCUUAUAUAUAUUUGAGAGUCAUGUGAUGUUUAUGACGAGACGACAAUGUGUCCGACUUUACUAUAAUAUUUUCUUAAAUUUGUUGACUGCGACUUGUCUGCUUAACAUCGCAUCUGGACUAGUUUUGUCGUGUUGUUAGUAGAUGACUUACCAUAGGGCCAAGUAUAUAAAUUCUUCCAUAAUUAUGUAACAUGGGUGUAUAAAUAGGGUCCUGUGUACCCCAAAAGAAUUUCACGCAAAUGAUUAUUGGAACGUGCAAAAGACUCGGCAAGGCUGUAUUCCCAGUGUCAGGUCAUACACUUGAGCCUUCAGAUGUUUUCAAAUUGGUGCUUUUAAUUACUAACUGUGGUUUCUAACCAGAUAAUCGCUCUUUGUUGGAUCGUAGAGAGUCGACACAGUUUCUCGAAUUGUUGUUACUACACAGCUUUACUUUGCUGUCAUGUUUAUUGUCUGAUCCCAUUUUAGGGUUAAUUAAGUUUUACUUGACGGAAAAAGUCAAAAGAGAGGAGGUCUGGUACAUAGUCGAGUAUUUGACAUGCGUCACUGAUCCUCAACAAAUCCAAGAAGUAAUAGAUGUUUUGUUGUCACUCUGUGAACGAGCUACCAAGAGCAAGAUGGCUAAACGACUAUCAGGUACAGUUUGCCGCCUUAAAGAGAGUUCAACUUAGAAACACGUAAGUAAGGUCACCCAUUAGUGCGGUCCUUGGAAAGGUGUCCAUAUUACAUGGGCGUUUUCUCUUAAUGACUUUACAGUCAACUCUCUCUAGGACAGACACCUUUGGGUGUCCAUAGUACAUGAGCGUUUUGUCUUAAUGACUUAACAGUCAACUGUCUGGAAGACAAACACCUUUGGAACCAGUACCAAGUGUUUGUCUUAGAGAGAUGUCCAUCUUAUAGAGAGUCAUCUAAAAGGAGUAAAGAAAGGCAGGGACCAGCUCUAGGUGUCUGUUUUAGCGAGGUAUCCGUCUUAAAGAGGCGUCCGUUGAGAGAGAGGAGACUUUAGUAGCUAGUAUACAUGUGUGAAAGAAACAGUUGUACAAACUACAGAAAAGAUUAUUUUUCUGCUUCGGAAACAUACCAAACAAUGAAAAUAAAUAAAUAAAUAGACGGACUGAGCCUUCUGUCUUAAUUUGCUUGUUAUUUUUUUUUUCUGCAUUUCUGAACAGAUCCCAGGUUCAUCCCAGUUUUUGUGACUCUUCUCAUCAACCACAGGAACGAAGAACUUCGUCUUAAGAUCCUCAAACUCAUGGCUGAUAUUAUGACAUCACACAGUGUACCAGAGGGUAACAGACCUUACUGGCACUUGAAGCCAAUUGGGAUGUCUGCUGUGACAGAGAAACUGUCUGAUGACGUGUCUCAAGCCCUUGUGAAAAGUCUCCUCAGACUUGGUGUAUCCGAACAUGAUGAAAGUAAAGGCGUGGAUGUUUUGAUGCAUUAUCAGGUGGUCUUGGCUGUAUUGGAAAUGAUCGAAAAUGGAGAUUUGGAAACUAAGCUUCUUGUCAAUCACAUGGUAAGACAUGGUAAAACUUUGUUGUAGGUAAUUAUUUGUUAUAUUUGUAACAUAAUGUCAUAUACUUCACUCUCACAAUUUUCACCUCUCAGUCUCUUUCUUGAACCCCUUGUAUUAUUUGGCCAUGGUACCAUAAUUCUCAGGGUGGCACCGUUGGAUCAAUCAGUACUCUAUAUAUGGUGUCUGAAGGUUAACCUCCACAGUCGUUCGUGGCUUUGCGCUUUCUUUCCUCUUUGGCCCUUUUUAUUCUACGAUCUUUUCCGCCAAGAUUUUAGUUUGGAUUCAUGCCAAGCAGAUUCUCCAGAAGUUUCAAGUCAAGGUCACCACCUUUUCGAAGCAUAAGUUAUUGUUGUGCUUGAACAGAUUUGCGAAAAAAAUGUUUUAACUUUCUCUUAAGAUUCUACGGUCACUUGAUGCCAACCACCUCAGCCUUACACGAUGUGCUAAAGAAUAUGGGUGGCAUGUUACGCUGCUCAGACAGAUCACGGGCCCUUUUGGCAGGCCACAUGGCUCCAGUGACGUAAGCAAUCAUAAUGCUGACGUAAAGGAAGAAAAGAGGCGGGGAGAAGAAGACUUAAUCGACACGGUGCUGGAAAUCGUGUUCAGAGUGAUGUGGAAAGGAGUGGAAGGAUUCAGAGAAUAUGAUUGGAAGGUAAAAACAGUCCUUCAUGGUAGGAAAUAGGAAAGGACUGCCUCCAAACUUUUUCAUUCUUGCAUUUCUUUUCUUCAUUCAUUUUCUCAUUCAGUCGAUCUCCUCCCAUUUAAUUUUAAACAGUGUUUCUUCGACAGCUACAAUAACUUGUUAAAUUGUACAUUCUAGUAAAGAUUCCAAUCGUCUUGGUUAAAGUGCUUAUUCCAAAACCUGUAUCAGUAGAAGACGUUUGCAAGAUGGUGACUGCAGUAUUCUUGCGUUUCAUAGGUGCGCGGUCAAGCCAUAGCAGCAGUGAGUAUUAUUUCCUCAGCUGAAACCUUCUUGGUCCCUUUUCGCGUUGUUGAGAGGCGCCUUCUGGAACUGUGUCUUCAGGGAGCCGUACAGGACAUCAAGGUGUCGGGACAGACAGGGGAGGCUGAGACGCAAAACGCGCUUAUGGUCAUGCGGCUGGUCGAGGACUUCUUGUUUACUCCAGGUAGUAUAUCACCGCACAGGGAGCCCAUCAUUAGGAGAAAUAUGUUGUUAUACUCUCUUCAGGGUAAACUGUUUCGUAGGAACCUGGUAAAAUUUAUCACUGUAAAGGGUUCUUAGGUAAUUAAGACGGCAAGGCAAAUGUGACUUAGUGUUAUUUUGUUCUUCUUUUAGCUGGAAUUGCUGGAGCAGGAAAUGACGAGUCCGCAGACACCUGGAGUGUUAAAGUAGGUUGUCUGUUUGUUUGUUUGUUGGGAUCAGUUUAGGUUUCUGGAAUACUGCCCACUUACCCCUGCCCUAAGCCAGGAUUAACACUUACUUCUUACUUAGGACAAAAUGUUGGCGGGAGGGGGGGGGGGGGGGGGGGAAACGGGAAAAUUCCCCAAAAAUUAAAUUUGUACACCCGGCGAAAAAAAGUUUUUUUUUUUCCGCGAAGGGGUUUAGAGUUUUCAGAUUUGUGGUUAAUCCAUUAAAAAUUUUUUUUUUUUUUUUUCGUUUUUUUUAAAAUUUUUUUUUUUCCUUUGAUUCACGAUGUGUUGGGGUUGCAGAAACGGGUGGUGUGAUUGUGGGUUUUUUUUUUUUUUUUUUGUUGGUAUUAUUUUUUUUUUCUGGGAUAACCCCCCCUUUCCCCCCCCCCAAGAGAGGAUUAACACUUUCUUUUUUUUUAGGAAAAAAGGGGGGGGGGGGGGGGGGGGGGGGGGGGGUAACCGGACAAUUUCCCAGAAAUCUAAAUUGAUCAGCCGUCGCAUAAAAGGUUUGAUUUUUCCAGUCAGAGUCGUUAAGCUUUCAGAUGUAUGGUUUAAUCCAUUAAAAUUUGUCUUCUUUUUCAUCAGCUUGUUGAAAAUGUUGUUCUUCUCCUUGAAGUACUGAAUGUAUGGGAUGAGAGUGAGGACAAUGUGGAAUGGGAGGAAAUGAGCCAGGUUGGGGUGCGAAUUCUGUUGGCGUUUAUGUCACAGCCACAAACUGAAUAUUGUGCUACAGCUUCCUCUAAGCUUACCAAACUGUUGAAAGCCCGCAAGAUUUCUUCUCAAGGAGAGCUGUGUUACAUUAUCGGACACUUGUAUCAAGCAUUUGAUGCAUCAAGACAGAAAGGUACAUUAGCCGAUGUUCUAGUACCCAGGCGUUUUGUAGUGUUAGCGAGGUAAACAGAGUCUAAUUCAAACAUGAAUGGAAAUAUGAGAGAAUGUUCAAAUUUUUGUCUUAAUCGAGUAUAACAAGUGUCUUAUCAUUCAACCCCUGAUGUGGUCGUUUCCAGUCUCACUGCUGGUCUCUAUCAGACGACUAGGUCGACUAUAGUUUGUAAACAUUUUUAGGAUAUUGUAUAUAUUUAGCCUGAUUGUUUUUACCGUGUAUAAAUAAAAGUGAUGAUGAUGAUGAUGAUGAUGAUGAUGAUGAUGAUGAUUACACGUCUCUGUUCGUAUCGUUAUCGGGUGAACAAGUCCAGCGAUCGUUAUGAGAGUCAGACGUGUUUCAGCUUGCUCUUAAUACUUAGUCAGCCGAUGUUUUCGUUGGGUACAAACUAGCAAUAUGUUUAUGUUUAACCUUUACUCCUAGCUCAGAUAGGCUAAUUCCAACCAUAGUUAGUAAACAUUUAGCUUAUGGGACGAUUCUUUUACUUUGGUCCGAGUCCUACUUUGUUGUGAACAAACAUGGGAAGAAACGAAAGACUGCAAACGAAAUCAGGCCUGUGAUGUUGUGAAUGCCAGGGAAGCGUUAAGUAACUUGUUUUGCUAAUAGUUUAUAAAAAGCUUACUAACAAAACAAAUCUUUACAAUUCGUUUCAGAAAAGUGCGAGAAUUACACCUUCAUCGUUCCAGUCCUACGUUUACUUCUUUUCAAAUACCACGAAACUCUACCGCUGACUAUUUACAUUCCUACAUUUUCUGCUGACCGCUCACAACUACUGGCUCAGGAGGAUUUUCUUCAAUUGAUGGAAAGUGAAGAACUUAAGGCAAUGAUAAAACAGCAGAUAAAUCCUGCAACGAAACAAUACGAAAAUGCUUUGUAAGUUAAUUGCUUCUCGCUUUUUUAUAUAACGCCACUUUUAUGACAUGAGACUGCCUCUUCACCACUGGGAAUAGCACCAAGUGCCCCGCGUUUUAGGAAGGUGUCCGCCCCCCUCCCCCUGCCUCUGUAGAGGUGUUCGUUAAGAAAGAGUUGACUGUAUUGGAGUCGCAGGACGAGCAAAAACUACAUCUUUACUGGGCAAUGCUUGUAUAUUAUGAACCUUCGAAAUAUGAACCGACAAAACAAUCGACGUCUGGGAUAGCCCCCCACGCAAACGUUCUUUUGGCUCGUCACGCAAUCCUAAAGUUACUUAGCUUUCUAACUUCUGGAAAUGAAUGGCGACAGGCCUUUCAAAAGGACGGGGAUGGGAGUGACAACAUGGUAGGUAUUGGAGGGAGUUGCUUUGUAAUGCUAGCGAGAGAAAAUGGGUUCCCUUCAAAUGCAUGGGGUUGGGUGUUGGUUAUGGAACACAGUCCCGCAGUCAUUACCGAGAAUAAGAAGUCUAAUUUUGUUUUAUUCGACAAAGUUUUUUUAGGUAAUGACAUAUGUACUCAUAUAUUUCUCAGCUCCAAAACGUCGUUGGCCUCUGGCCGAUUUCUUAUGGACUGCCUGUCCGGUCUGACAGUCAGCGUGAACAAUAAAGAGAAAGUACGUGAAGAGAGCCGUGAAAAGUUCGAUGAACAGAUCACCCGACCGUUCAAACAUCUUCAAGACUCACAGCGAGAACGCUUGAAGAAUUUACCUGUGCAACAAGAACAUCACAAAAACGCCAUCGCACGCCAAUGGAACGUACUCAAAAGAACGCUUAUGUCAGAGAGAUCCCCAUGGGGUAGCAAGUAUGUUGGUUUAUUGUUAAUGCGUUACAAAAUAGUUCUCUGUUAAAUAUCCUUGUCACUUUGAUUUUUAUUGAGACAUUUUCGAUCCACUGCUUGCCGUCUUGUCUCCAUUGGUAUAAGGGGUGCAUGCGAAUCUCAUCUGAAUUAUUCCUGAGCUCCAAGUUAAAAAAUUGGAACUCAAAACUUAACCUGAGAAAACAGCCGACGCUACCACUGGUUUCUCCGCCAAAUGACAACUGAGAAACGAGCGCUGAUGACGCGUCAGCACCCAGAUCUGGGUAAUGACGCGUCAUCAGUAUGGAAUUUCUGCGCUCCUUUCUCAGACGUCAUUUGGUGGGGAAACCGGUGGAAGCGUCGCCAAAUGUCAGCUGUUUUCUCAGGCUACUUAAAACUUGGAGAUUUAAAGACACUAAACCACUAUUGUCAAUUGUCAAUUCAUCUUUUAAGAGCUUUCUUUUUCGGGUCAAGUGCACAAGUUCUCAUUGAUCGUUGAAAAGAGUUGGGUAAGCCCUUGAAUCGAGAAACGUGGUCAGUAUUCGGUUGGGAGAAUGUGUUUGCUUUAAACUGUAUCAAAUCACAAAACCUUGUUUCGUCUCAGUGAUGAUUUGCAUUCUUCGCUGUUUUCGUUUGCUUUUACUUACAGGUUUCCAAAGGAAUUGCAUUGGAAACUCUCAUCCACUGAAAAUUUUCAGCGCAUGCGCCUCAAAUUUAAACGAAACUAUACAUUCACGCCUCACACUGAUGCCAGUCGCACACGUGAUAACAUCACUGACGAGGUUGACGCGCGUGUGGCUUCAGUUCCCGUGCGUGUCGCGAAGGAAGCUGUGGUACAAAAUGUUGACGAGGACAAACUUGAAGAUGAUGAUCCUGGGAGUCCGACUGGUAAAGCGACCAGAGAGAGAAUGCGCGCAAUCUCGGAAACAGAAAGAACUCUUUUAGGUUAGUUUAAAUAUCAUUGAAUGAUAAUAUUUGCAUAGUGGUAUCAGCAGAGAAGUCGUAAUAAUAUUACGUAACGAAAAGUCGUAGCUUGAAGCUGGAAGCUACUAAACCAUGGGAGUGGAGUUUUCUGACCAAUCUAAGCGGUUUAUAAACCAAAAUUAUGUUGAAUUACAAGAACUGUGGAACGUGCGAGGGUGAGCAAAAUAGUUAUGAAGUUAUGGGAUGUAUAAAAGCUUCAAACCCUCCAACUCAACGCUCCACUGUGCAUCAUCGACAUCAUACAGUUGACGGUUGGUUGACACUAUCUCUGACUGCAGUGGUGUAAAUUAUACUUGCCUAUAUCCUGUAGACAGAAGAUUUUUUCUUUUUACAAGAUACUAGUAUGAACCUGCACAUGAUGAGGUAUUUUGUUUUAUUUAAGGUGAAAAAUGUGAGUUGAUUACCCUGAUGGACAUAGUACCAGGAAAGUUUGAAAUCACUAAUACGCAUGUCUAUUUUUACGCGGAUGAUCCCGCUGGACGAGAUUUCCACUGGCCAUUAACUGAGCUGAGGGAAGUACAUCUAAGGCGGCACAAUCUUAGAAGAAGCGCAUUGGAGUUAUUUUUGAUUGAUCAGACAAACUAUUUUUUGAACUUCAACAAGGAGGUAUUAAAGGUUUGAAGUAUUUAAGGUUUAGAUGCCCUGUUGACUAAGUGUAUAAAGUCUCCGUCACUCUUCCUCGAUUGUGUUUCAUGUUAGGCUUGCAUCAGAAGAAUUAAAGAUUGAAAUGACUUCGUGAAAGAGGAGACUACUUAGGAGAAGAUUACCAAGUGGUACUUUCCCGUUCCAGGAGUUUUUUGAUAGGGGGCUUUUCGUCAAUUGUAUGUGAGUAAAAGAGCAUGUUGAGGGGGGUGGGGUGGGAGGAGGGGUGAGGGAGACGCGUAUCUGAGGUGAGAAGAGGAGUGCAUAAUACAAAAGAAACACCAUAAAUCCACCCCCAUCUUCCCAGUAUUGUCCAGUAGUGUCCAGUAUUGUCUUGCCAGUAUUUUCCAUUGUUUUAAAUUGCCAGGCUCGGUGUUUCUGAUAUGUGCUUUUUGAAGUCCGCUAAUUUGUGUGUUAAAACGAAACACUAUAUAGUUAGUCGAAAUAGUAUAUCGUGGUAUGGUAUCUUUUUGUUUUUCAGACUCGUAACAAAGUAUACAAGAAAAUCAUGUCACUUCGUCCACGUAAUCUGUACUACAUCGGCGCCAGGUCUCCCGCAAACCUUCUUAGGGCCUCGGGGCUUACAGAGAAGUGGGUCCACAGGGAGAUAUCCAAUUUUGAGUACCUAAUGCAGCUAAACACCAUCUCUGGGAGAACCUACAAUGAUCUCAGUCAGUAUCCAGUGUUUCCUUGGGUGCUUGUGGACUACACUUCAAAAGAAUUACGUCUGGAUGAUCCUUCUGUGUACAGGGACCUGUCUAAGCCUGUAGGAGCACUCAAUCCAGAUAGAGUUUAUGCAUUAAGAGAAAGGUGCUUUCUUUCUUCUUGUUUCCUAUAGUUGCUUAAGUAUUAACUGACAGAAGCUUCACCUUGAAAAAAAAAAAGAAAGAAAGAAAUCGUUUAUUUGAUAACAGAGAACGCACUCAAGGUAAAUUGUAAGGUAACAUUGUUUGUCUGCUUCACAGAUAUGAUGGUUUCGUAGAUCCCAGUGGGCUGAUUGCCAAGUUUCAUUACGGCUCUCAUUACUCCAGUUCAGCAGGUGUCCUUCAUUACAUGUUACGUGUAGAACCAUUCACCACACUUCACGUUAAACUGCAGAGCGGACGUUUCGACUGCGCCGACAGACAAUUCCACAACAUUGCCUCUUCCUGGGACUCCAUCUACUCAAAAGGUGGUGAUGUCAAGGAACUUAUCCCAGAGUUUUUUUACUUCCCAGAUUUCUUGGUCAACUCAAACAGGUAAAACAAACCGCAGGGUUCUUUGUGUAGGUACAUGACAUGUACAGGAGAGGGCAAGUAUGUCAUCACAAUUAAGAAUCGAAAAUCGCCAAACCAAUUAUCAGUCCUGGGACUCGUCUCGUGAAAAAUCAUGAGUCCCAGUUCAGAACCAUUGAGGCCCAGUUACAAAAACAAAGGGCCCUAAAUUGAACAUGCUUGGUUCUUUGUGUAGCAAGCACAGUUAAUCUGAAGACAGACUUCAAAACUCUUUAUACAGUUUACUAAAAUAAAAAUAUACUCCAUCUCUUCUUAAGUGCAACAUAGACUUAAAGAAAUAAGCUAAGUGCCGUUGAACAACAGCCACAGCAAUCACACGAACAGGAUAUUAUACCAAAAAAUCUUAAAAUCGAUCAAUCGUUCUUUACGUCCUACGGGACGCAUGCCAUGAAUUAUUUUGCGUCGUUUGGGAUUUUUAUGCGUCAGUGACGCGGGACACAGAGGUAACAAAAUCACUGCAAUUAAGACGUUUCUGGGCCUUUUUUAAAAUUCUGUUUGGUUCAGAUAAGUAGGUGAUUUCUUGGUGUUGUUGAAAGGUGCAAUCACUAAAUGACGUAACACAGAAGAUUGAAAAGACACUGAACAGUGGCCACACCACAAAACAAUGCCUAACCAACAAUAGUUUCCACAUCACCACAAAACACUGAAUGUUUAGUAGAAACAACAUUCGACAUUUACAUAUACAAUAGUGAUGCUAUUUCAUUUACCCUUGUAGGUUUGACCUUGGUCGUCUCCAGCGUGGAGAAGCUGUUGAUGACGUCAUUCUCCCACCGUGGGCGUCCUCGCCUGAAGAUUUUGUGCAAAAACACAGGCAGGCAUUAGAAUCUGAUUACGUUUCUGCUCACUUACACCAGUGGAUUGACUUGAUUUUUGGCUACAAACAGAAAGGACUUGCUGCUGCUGAGGCUUUGAAUGUUUUUUAUUAUUGUACUUACGAAGGUAAGGACCUUUUGCAAAAAAUUUCCGAUAAAAUUAGAUCAAUAUAAUGUUGUGCAAAUUAAAUUUCUUACAACAAUUACUGUCAAAGGAAAGCACUUGCUCUUGCUCUUUCUUUGUCGGUUGGUAGAUGACAACAACGCUUCAUAUCUAGAUGAAAAAUAAAGUAUCUAUUUAAAGAGCGGUAUUUAAAAAACCGGAACAAAGCACAAAUUGUAUUAAGCUGGGAAGAGUAAGGGAUCGUUCUUUUUUUAUGGGGUGGGGCUAUGAAGAUUUAGAGGAGGGCAGCCAUUUUCUGCUGUAAGGAAUGUUAAGUUUGUGGGAGGCCACCCUUCAAAUAUUCUUUGAAACUGCAGAAUCCUGACCACUCUCCACCGUAUUUUUUAUGAACCUUUGUUUAAGUUCAUCAAGGUUUGCCCUGCAACUAUCCGACUAUAAAGUGUGUCCUGUUAAAUGAUUUCUCAUUCUCAUUAAUAUCAAUCUUUUGUCCUUAUUAGGGGCUGUUGAUCUUGAUGCUAUCACAGACCCAGCUGAGCGAUUGGCCACUGAAGGAAUGAUUAACAACUUUGGUCAGACUCCUACUCAGUUGCUUACUCAGCCUCAUCCACAGCGCAUGUCCUUGGAGGAGCUCGCAAAGUCUAAAACAACAAAGAAUGCAGGCACAAGCAAAACACUUGCGAAUGUUUUCCAAAGCUUUGAUGCACUGAAGGCUUAUUUUGUAAAUGUAAGUCAUUCUCCUUUAUUCUGUACCCAUUUUUAGGCAUGGUGGACUAGCGGAAAAUUUAACAGUCUUUUUCCGGUCUAUUGUGGAUAAUUAAGGAUGAACUCAUCACCCUUAAUUGCUAACAAACCGACUUCUCCCUUCUCUCUCCUUCUUCGGUGUUUUACCAAAUAAAGUUUGGAUAUAGUGCGGUUUUUAAGCUUUGGCAAUCGUAGAAGGAAAAUGUUGGGGUUAAUAACUUGUCUUACUCAUUUUUCGUAGGUGUCUGAUGUCGCUGACCCCUUGGUUUUCACUGCAGUGUCCAAAGUUCACAGCAGAUCGCUCAUCCACUCGGGCAUGCCAGAAAACAUGAUUACUAUCAGCCAAAAUGGUAUUCUGGGAUUACACGACUGGCUACCAUACUCCAAAAACAGAGCAAAACCUUUCACUUUUGAAUGCGACCCUUCUCUAUCAUCGCCAAGGUAACGAAGAAAUUAGAUCAUAAAAAUUCGUAACGUUGAAAGCUAAAUGAUCACAAUUUUUUUUCUCUUCCGCUGCAGGUUACGCCGUCGUAUUGCGGGUCCAUUUACCCCUGACUUACGCGUAUCAUCUCACCUAUUUACUGUUACCCAUGAUGCUAAGUUAAUCAUAACCGCUGGCCACUGGGACAACAGUUUCCGAGUUUUCACUUCCAAAGGCAGGCUACUAAGCAGGAUUGUGGCCCACACAGGUAUGAACUGCGGGUGGUAAAAUACAUUUAAUACCCAACAGGAAUCGACGAAAAAAUACAUCGUCAAUCGAGAAAUAUAAGGGCCAUUCGUUCUUGAGAGUAUCAGUCGGCUGAUGCAUUCAUACAUACAAGUGAAGGCUGUCAUUGACACCUGUGCAUUUUUUGAGUGUAUCACCUAGUUCCCAGGCUAAUUUACUCCUCUACAAUGAAUCCGGGCCGCAGAAAUUUUCUGCUCUCACCUAAAGCUGUCAUUUUGUUGUUAGCUGGUAUUACUUCGUAUUUCUCUCUCAAAAGCAAACUUAGUGCUAUAUCACAAUAGAACAUAUAUUAAUAAGGUGCUCUUUAGUCGUACUUUAAUUGCCCACAUUACGAAUCUGUAUGAGGACAGUGGAGGAAAUGUUGUGUAACGACCUAAAUGAAAGCUACUGAGCAGUACUUUCCUGUGGUACUGCUUUUUAUACCAUACAAGGUAGUUUUAACAUUUAAUUCUGUGAAUGAAAUUCCAUGAUACCGUGGCAAUAAAAUGUGAGCCACUAAGUAUUACUCUCCUGUGGUACCGUUACGUGUGAACAUUUAUAUGAAAGUUGUUGAACAUUGCCUUACUUCCAUGUUGUAUAAUUUGUGAUGCUCUGAAAGAUGGUUUGUCGGUUUUUGUGUUUCAUAAAACUAAUGCACACUGACAGAAAGCUAUGUUUGUUCGAAGAUGUGAUAACGUGCGUGUCAUUGGAUGAUGAUGGACAUCACCUGGUCACGGGAUCAUGUGAUACUACCUGCCGCUUGUGGGAAAUCACUCAUCAGGGUGGUAUGGCUCAGGAACUUUUACGCACGCCUCUGGAGACCUUAUAUGGUCAUGACAAGCCUAUUACGUGCGUGGCUAUGAGCUGGGAACUUAAUAUAGCAGUCAGUGGAUCUCAGGUUGGUUUAAAUUUAGUAAUUUCGUUGACACACAUUGGUACGCUACACAGGAAACACAACUUAGAAAUUACACUGCAGUCUAUUUUGAACGAGAAAAGAAACACUUAUUUCUUAUCGUUAAAAAACACUGCCUGUUUCCGUAUAUUGGCGAGAAUUAUUUUGACAACACCUUUUUUUUUGUCUUAAUGGGUUUCAGGAUACCACUGAUAUAGUUAUUGUACAAUGGAGCCUUCAUGUGAGACCACCUCUCAUAAGUGACCACAUGUCUAACAUUCCAAGAGCAUUUUUUUCCAGUAGGAGCACUUAAACUGCAACUUCUUUUAAGCGACCGUCGCACUUAAGUACAUCAUUUCUUGGCAAAGACUGACUAACACACUAAGCAAUUUCAGUCGGCGUAACGAUCCAGUCGUGGCAUUUUGAGAUCAGUUAAUGAGAGUUAGUGUCGUUGUUUUCUACUCUGUGGCGCUAGAAUGUUGGAUUGUGUAUUGUCGAUUGACAAGUUUUGAAACAUUUUUCUACAGGAUGGGACCUGUAUUAUUUACACUGCGCGAAAAGGAGAGUAUGUACAGACGCUGAGACCCAUGGGAAUGCAGCUAAAUCAUUGUCACGUGACUAGCCUGGCUUUGUCCGAAUAUGGUAAUAUCGUGGUAUAUUGCAAGCAGGAAUCAAACAGAGCUCUGUGCAGAUAUUCUAUCAAUGGAAAACUGUUGUCCAAAGAUGUUAAGUUAAAAGACGACGUUGCUGCUUUGUUUAUUUCCAAUGAAUAUGUUGUGACAGGGGAUUCAAAAGGUAGACUGGAAAUCAGAGCACUGCACAGGUUUGAACUCUUCCUAGUUGUGUGAGAGUGUACGUUUUUGCGUAGUGCAUGAAGAGCUAGUCCAGUUUUCAAGAGCGAUAUCUUUUGUUUUUUCACCUCUCGCUAACUUGGGAUACUUGUCCCCAAGCUCCACUAUCAGGCGGAAAACAGACAACAGCUUCAGUAUAUCAGGGAUGCCGGACGGGACAGGGGCCCAAUGGCAGGAGUGUCCUUUGUCGAUUUUCUGGAAUUUCCAUUUUUUGGACUUUUGAACUUUGCUCGUCAAAUUAUUAAGAGGUGAUCAAAAUUUGUCCACGUAAGUGGAAAUCAACUUGUAGCGUACCUAUUUUCUCCCUUCGCAGGUAAAGAACCCCUUAAUUUUUCAGUGUUCCGCCUGUUAUUACCUUUACCCAUAUUCAAUAGUCACGGUAACACAUUCUCGGAUAUAAUCCUACGUUAAUGCUCCUUUUGCUUCAACUAUCCCUUCGAAAAUGUCUCAAAAAUUAGGCGAGGUAAUAAGGAAGAACAAAAAGAAGUAGAAAUAAUGUCCACCUGGGGAGAACUCACUCUAUAGGUGUCAGUAAUUUAUAAACCUUCUUUUCAGCCAAGGAAAGCGAUUGUCGUCGGUUUGUGUAAUUAAUUAUUUUUAUCGCAUUUUCAGUUUUCAGGUUGUAAAGAAGAUGAAUCUUUUGCUUCCUAUUCGUUCUGUCUCGCUGGCGAGAGAUGGCACUCAUUUUUUUGUUUGUCUUGAAGAUGGAAAGCUUAUUAUCAUUGCUGCAGAGACCAGAUGACAUACACCAUGACACUGAAAAUUCUUCUAAUUUUGUUUGAAAAAUUGUCAUUGAUGAGGAUCACGGGCAGGUCCUGGAUUGUCCAUGAAUAACUGUACAAUUCACAAACUACAAGUUUUUGCUAGAUAGGCGGACCACCAAAAGCGAACUAGAGGCAUCAAAUUAAUCUAAAAACUCUGUUUGGACUAAAAUCUCAUAGUUAAAGACUGGAAAGGUUAGCCUCACUGGAGAGAAAGAAUGGUCCAUUUAGUAUUUGAUCUAUCAAAACAAUUAGACUAGUUAGACCUUAAUGUUAUUAUUUUUCCGGCUGAAAUUUCUUCCAAAACAAUAUAUUACAAUGAAGUCUGUCAUCACACCUACAGAUGUGCUUGUAUAGUUCCUUUAUGUGCGGUAGAUGCGAAAAUACAAUUUCAGUUUGUAGGCAGGAAAAGCAUUAAAGGUUCUUUGAUAAACCAUUUUAGGAAAAUCCCGGCAGUUUUGAUACAGUCAAUUCUUAUCACCCUCUUGAAUGUUGGGACCCCGUGUCCCUCUUACAAAGGUGUCUGCCUUUUAGAGAGAACAAACUGUGAAGACAGCACGAAUGAACUGCAGGUGUCCCUUGAAAGAGUUGACUGUAUCGUUGGGUAUCAAAAGAGAGAGAUACUGUAGUAACGUGUACAAGUAUUGUCAGGGAGAUUUCAUCAGAAUCCUCACAAUAUAUGAUUUCUUCUUUACUUCAUUCGUAUAACCUCUUUUGACUCGGCGGGUGUAGAGUUUAUUAUUCAGUCAUGUAAAUGCAACAAAGUUAUGGUGAUUGGUUUAUUGCAAUUACAUGUAAAGUUAUUUUGCUUAAGCAGCUGUUGUUAAUAUGUUUUAUUUAUGAAAAAUUGAAAAAAAAA